CAGCGAUCUUUAGUGGGUUUCCCUGGUAUUCCAGGAUCAAAUGGCAUGCCGGGAAUGCCGAGCGUUCCAGGACCCCAAGGACCCCAGGGAAGGGAAGGUGCAAAAGGGCAAACUGGUGAUAAUGGAUUGCAAGGAAUGCCAGGUCCUAGAGGAGACAGAGGGCGCGAAGGACCCCCUGGGAAGAGUGGACCUCGAGGAAUUCAGGGAAUGAAAGGUGAACAGGGACUUCUGGGAAUGAAAGGAGAGCAAGGAGCUGUGGGAAUUAAAGGAGCACGAGGCAUUAUGGGGAAUCAAGGAAAAAAAGGAGACAAAGGAGAGAAAGGAGAAAGCGUCAAAGCAAGUCAAGCAAGUGUAGUACCACAAACCAACUGGAAACAAUGUGUGUGGAAAUCAGAAAGCAGUACUGAUAAGGGAAAGAUUAAGGUAAAUGGAAUUAGAAUCAUAGCACGCUCCGAAGGAAAGUAAUUCCUCUCUAAAUCAAAAUAUUUCAAAGAAAAACGUCUCCCCUCUCACUCGCCGUUUGCCAACAAAUCACAUAAAUAACUAAGUUACAUUUCUCUCCACUUUGAUUUUUUUUGAACGAAAAAAGGAAAACAAUCCUGGGUGAUAAAAUGAUUCCUGGCCAUAUAGAUAAGGACAACGAAAAUUGAACCUAUUACAGAGUUUUUAAAAAUUAGGAAGUAAUCUUGACUGGAGUUGUUAGUAUCAAUCAUUACACACGGUUGCUCGCCUUACUACAAUAUGUUUGAUUUGUUUGAUUUUUAUAUUCCAGGACUGUGCGUUUAACAAACUGCAGUCUAAUUCAGCGCUCAGAGUCUCGUUCCAGGGAAACAUGGGGGUCUAUGGAACCGCUGAUAAGUGUAACCGGUGGUAUUUCAAGUUCAAUGGAAAUGAAUGCAGUGGACCAAUGACGAUCGAGGCUGUUGUUUACAACUACUGGCCAUCUGGGGACCCUAAUCUGCUGCUUCAUCGAUCAUUUGAGGGGUACUGUGAAAACAUUCCACAAGGCGCUGUUAGAGUGGAAUUAUGGGUAGGAAAGUGUAGUGGCCAAAGCCUGGGUGAUGCUGUCACCGGGUGGAAUUCAGUGUCCCGGAUAAUGAUUGAAGAAGUAUCUAGGUUCCAGUCCUAA